AUGUGUAUUAAUCCAAUAAUUAAACUUAUUGUAAAGAUUUUGAUGAUGAAACACCAUGUAAAAUUUAAUAUAUCAUAGAUUCUGAACUUAUUAUAAGUGAAAAUAUAAAUCAUACAUUUGAGUACAAUUCUUAAUAUAAACUUAUCAAAUAAUUUUAAAGAAAUUUCUUGAAAGGAGAAAAUAUACAUUAUUCUUUUUGGAAUGGAUAUCCUAUCUUUGGUGGUUCAUAUAUAUGGGCAUAAGCAUAAUUUGAAAGAAUCCUUUUAAUAAAUAGACCACAUCAUAGUAUUUCAAUAGCUUUCUACAUUUUAUAUGGUCCUGAAUUUCCAUCUGAUAGUAAAUUUAUAUGUUCUAUUAAUGAAAAUAUACUGAUUAUUAAAAAUAAAAAUGAUGCGAAAUAAUAGAAUGAUGGAACUUUUGUAGAUGUUAUUUCAACGAAAAUAAAUCAUUACACAAAUACACUCAAUAUUACUAUUGAAUGCUAGGGUGAAAAUAAUGAACCAAUAAAAGCUUUUUGUGGAUUAUACAAUUUCUAUUUAGCAGUUCAUUAUUGUCAACCUUAUUGUAAUAAAUGCACAGAUCAUUUAACUUGUUAAGAAUGGAAUAGUACAGAUUAUAUAACAUAAAUUCAAUUUUCUUAAGUUGAUUGCAAUACUACUUAAUAUUUUAAUGUUCAUUAAUCAUUAUGUUUUGAUUGCCCUUCAUCUUGUAAGAGAUGUAACUCAAAAUUUGAAUGUUUGGAAUGUAUCGACUCAUUCAAAUUAACAAAUUUAGGUUGUUUUUGCACUAAAAGUUAAUAUGAAGAAUCCAAUAGGUGUAAUGACUGUCAAACUUCAUGUAAUUAAUGUCUAAGCUAUUCAUAAUGUAUAGAAUGCACAGACAGUGUUAAUAUGGUAUUAAGUAAUGGUUAAUGUAAUUGUAUUGAUGGAUAUUCAUUAAAUUCAGAUUCAAAAUUAUGUAUAAGUUAAGGAUCAAUAACUUUAAUAGAAUGUAAACCUGAAUGUAAUAAUUGUGUCCUUGGAAAAUGUUAUGAAUGUGAUUAUAGAUGGAAUGUAGAUCCUUUUGAAUAUAUUUGUAAAGAAAAAUGUGGAGAUUUUAUUCAAUUAGUUAGUGAAUAAUGUGAAUCUAGCUUUAUUUUACCAUACAAAGGGUGUUAUAAUUGUAAACCAAGAUGUUAAUCCUCAUGUUUAAAUUGUAGUACAACUGGUUAAGGUUGUUUAGAAUGUGUUGAAGGUUAUUCUCUUAUUGAUAAUUUAUGUUAUUCAAUUUGUGGUGAUUUGAUAGUUACAUAUGAUGAAUAAUGUGAUGAUGGUAAUUUAAUUUAUGGUGAUGGAUGCCAUUUCUGUUAAUAUAGCUGUUAGGAUUCAUGUUAAGACUGCAUUAAUGGUAUAUGUUAUAAUUUUAAUUUAAAUCAUCCAUUAACAAUAAUCUAAUGUAAUCCUUUAUUAGGAAAUGAAAUAUACAAUAAUUCAUAAUUAUGCAAUUUAAUAGGAGAAUUAUAUCAAUUAAGUGAACAAUAUAAUUAUAAUUUUGCUUGUGAUAUAAAUUGUUAAUCUUGUUUUUUUUAAAUUUGUUAUAUUUGUAAUGAAAAUUACAUGCUUUCAAUAGAUUCUAGAUAAUGUAUUCAAAUUACUUUACUUUUUGAUUACUAAUUAGAACAUUGUUUAAUUAAUGUUAAUAAUUAUUGUUAAUAAUGCAAUAUUUAUGCUUAUUAUGAUAAAAUAGAAUAAAAAUGCAAACCAAAUCUUUAACAUUUAAAGUAAUGUUAAUAUUAAAUGAUUUAAUCACCUAAACAAUAUUGUAGUUAAUGUUUUGAAAAUUGUAUUUAAUGUUCAUAUGAUGGUUGUAUUGAAUGUAAAAAAGGAUAUUAUUUUGAUGAUUAAUUAAAAUGUAUUUCUAAUUGUGGAGAUGGAAUACUUACUGAUAAUGAAUAAUGUGAGAUCAAUGAUUAAAAUUGUUUAAGUUGUUAAUUCUAAAAUUCUUAAUAUUGUUUAGAUUAUCAUUAAGAAUUAUGUUUAUAAUGUUAAUUAGGAUUUUAUUAUAAUCUUGUCACCAAAAUGUGUACAUCUAUUUGUGGAGAUGGAAUCAAAGCUGAAGAUGAAGAUUGCGAUAUUGUAAAUCAAAAUAUCAAUGUAGGUUGUCAAUAAUGUAAAUAUUAUUGUAAUAAUGAUUGUAAUUUAUGCAAAGCAGGUUAAUGUAUAUCAUGUAAUCAAGGAUAUAUAUUGUUGAAUAAUUUUUGUUAUAUUAAUGAUUUAAGAAUAGAAAAUAAUCUAAUUAUAGAACAAUUAGAUAUUUUUAAAUUUGAAACAUAUUGUCUUACUAAUCUUGGUUAUUAUUUACCUCUUGUAUUUAAUUAAUGUAUACCAAUUUGUGGUGAUGGUAUAAUAACUCAGGAUGAGGAAUGUGAUGAUAAAUUGACAUAUUAAUCUCAUAUAUGUUUUAAUUGUAAAUUUUAAUGUCCAAUCAAUUGUUUAUAAUGUUUAUAUGGGUAAUGUAUUUAAUGCAUUGAAGGAUUUUCAAUAUAAGAAAAUAGAUGUUAUCCUAAAUGUAGAGAUUAAUUAAUCAAAUCUGAUAAGAUAUGUGAGGACGAUAAUAAUAUUCAAUUUGAUGGAUGCUAUAAAUGCUAAAAUAGUUGUCAAAUUGAGUGUCUUGUGUGUUAAAAUACUAAAUGUGUAUAAUGUAUAUCUGGAUGGAAUUUAAUAUAAGGGAAAUGUAAUUAGAUUUGUGGUGAUGGUUAAGUAGCAAUUAUCUCUGAAGAAUAAUGUGAUGAUCCUUAAAACUUAAAUUGCAGAAAUUGUUAAAUUUUUAUAUGCAAUGAGUAUUGCAAGCUUUGUGAUAAUCAAUAAUAAUGUAUAAUAUGUAAUGACACAUUCAAUCUAGUUAAUAAUAAAUGCAUAAAUAUUUGUGGUGAUGGAUUAUUAACAUAAGGAUUUGAAGAAUGUGAUGAUGGAAAUUAAAUUGAGUUUGAUGGAUGCUAUAAUUGUAAAUAUUCAUGUAGUAAAGGAUGUUUGGUUUGUUAAGAAAAUAAUAUUUGUUUAUAAUGUAACAAUGAAGAACAAUUUA